AUGCCGCCGGCCCUGGACAGGCUCCUCGCCAGCCCGUCUGCUCUGCGACUCCUGUGCUCCAUCGUCAAUGCCCCCGAAUUCCCCGCAGCAUGUUCGAUAGCCACAAAUUGCUGCUCUUCAGUAGUAGCCCGCCGCAAUUACUCGUACCAGCCCAAGUCUCAGUCCAAGCUACAAUGGAGGCGAAUGGCAGAUGCCCGCAAGGAAGCAGAAGUCCGAGGCCAAGUGCGAGCAGCACUCGAGAAUGACGAUGCCAACGAUACCCCCGUACCGACCAUUGAUGUCUUUGACAACGACGUCAUACGUGUAGCAAGAGGAGACGACGAUCCCAGACAACUCGCUGUCGUGCUCGCAAGCGAAGAGAGACGGCAUGGGGCCAAGGGCGUCCGCAAUGUCUGGCGAAACAUUCGUCAUCGAGGGUACCGCCUGCCUACAGAAGACACCCCAGAUGCCGAAUUUCUAUGGGGGACUUUUGUCAGGAACCAUUUGCUCACAGGCAAAGCGAUCGAGCACGCUGAAGAGCUGCUCCAUGAGACAGGCAAAACAUACCCUCAUCUCUACCGUCUGGUCAUGAGCCACUGGCUUCCGAGGAGAGCACAGACAGCGUUGAGAUACCAUUACACGCUGCAGAGGAACCUGAAACCCCAGCGGCUUCCCUUACGGCAGUUGGCACAUUUGGGACGAUCGACUUUCAAGCACGCUGCAUACGAAGCCCUCAAGGAAAUAUACGAACACAGCAACGAGCGAGACCUCUACGACGAUGUGGUACCUGUCUUCAUCGAGAAGGGAGAUAUCACCGCCGCACGCCAAUGGCAUGCGCUUUGCACUCUUCGUAAUGAUAUGCCGUCAGAGUCUGUCGCGUUGCACCCUGUCGUUCGGCUGUUCAUCGUCGAGGCAUCAGCUGGUGAUGUCUACUUUGAGACAAAAGGAGCGACGAAGAAAUGGAAGCGGGAUCCAGCCAGGUACAACGAGACUCUUCUGCGACGCUUGGAAGGCCCCGACACCGCACCUGUUCGAUUCGAAGACUCGUUUGUCGCUCGUAUGUUCGCAACCCGCACUUUUCCAGCGGCCUCCAUUAUACAAGGGCUCUCUAUGGUGGGAGUGAACGAGAUUGGACCUCAGGCUGUCCUCACCAUGGCACUACAAACGCAGCAGGUCGAGGAGCUACCUAAGAGAUUUGAAGAGCUCCGGUCAGCAGGUAUUGCCUUACAGGGCUGCGUCUUCUCCCUAGCAUUGGAGAAAUUCGUAAUGGAGCAGAAAUGGCAGUUGGUGCGCAGUAUGUUGACAAGCGACCAGCAUCCAGAUGUCUUCGGCGACGCCAAAGUACAACGCAAGCUGCUCGGAUACUAUCUUGAUAACAACGACUAUGCCCAAGUUCAGCGCACGCUUGCCAUUCUGACGCUCUUCCACAAUGAUGCCAGCCAAGAGUCCUGGAACCUUCUCUUGCAGGCCUAUGUCAAACGUUCUGGGCCAACACAUAUCAUGGAAGUGCUCCAAGACAUGCGAGCACGUGGCAUUAUGUUGACAGCCGAAUCAAUCGUGGCCAUCCGUAGUCUACUACGCCGCCGGCAACCAGGACGCAAACCCGUCGGCAAUCGUUUCGACGACUUGCGUUUUGUCACACGAGUAUUUGUAAUGAUUCUCGAGAACGGUUUAGGUGUCGUUUCUCCGCUACAAUGGCGUGAGAUCAUCCGCAGAUAUGGCAUGACCGGCAGACUAAGAGAGCUUAGGCGAGUUCUCAUCUGGCUUCUCUGUUGGUAUGCGCCGAGGAGCAGUCAUCAAUUCAACCACUUGCCAAAGUCAUCAUUCUUGGAAUCGGCCACAGCAAAAUUGCGCGCUGCCCAUCCCGAGCGUGGCCACUGGUUUCACUUUCCAGCGAUGGUAACACAGAUCAACUCGUCGCAUCCUGUUCGUCAGCUAUUCCCUCCAUCCCUACAGCAAGGUCUUAUUGUAUGGGGCUUCAAAGCUGGGCUCCUGCCAAACGCUCAUCUAGAACAGUCCAUACUUCAGUCUGCGCUUGCUAAAAAACACUAUCGUCGUCGGUUACUUGAGCACGGGACUUUGCGUCAGUUGGAGUGGAGUAUAGGCUUGCGAAUUGUGGUGCUGCUACGGGAUCUUGGCGUCUUCGUUCACUACCACACAGUUCUCAAGGCCCUGCAAAUGCAGUUUGUCAACAUGUUUGGUCACGGCCGGUCGAACCGGAAAGAAAACAGGGUGAUGGAGAGAGCUAACACGCUUCCCUACGCUAGAUACGUCGAUGAGGUCAACAAGAUAUGGGGCAGUCCGCUAUUGAGAGAGCCUCAGCUUUUCAGCAAAGGUAUGGUGCAUGACCACAUGUGGCACCCACGCAUGAGGCGGACUACCAAACGCAGAGCCUCCGUCGGUCUUGGUGAGAUUCUGGGCUCAAAGUAUACGGAUCGCGGCAAUGAAGGGCGUAGCCCUACAGAGGAGGAUGAUGCCGCCGCUCUUGAACAGCUACAGAAGCACUUCGACGCGCAGGCUCAGGCCAUGGAAUCCGUAUCUGAACCACAACCUCAAUCUACGGUAAUUGGCGACGCGUUCAAUGCGGCAGCAGGGACGGGCGACAGAACCCUACACUCACCAAUAAUCAUGGAUGACGACCUCAAGGCAUAG